GGCUCGAGUCGAGCUGAAUUCCCAAAUUCUAGUCCGUACGCUCCGGAAAACCAAUAACCUCAAGCAUGGCGCACCGCCUGCAACUCCGGAGCGAUGACUUCGACGUAAUUGGCGCCGUGCCGCGCGAUCUGUCGGUCAUCAAGAACUUUCUGAAGCGCGAUUGUGCCGUCAAGAAGCUGAUCGACAUCGAAGAGGAGUUCCUGCAGGAGUGCGUACUGCGCGGCGAGGAUCCGAUGAAGCCGAAAGGAAAGGGUGGCAACGACAUCGUGCAUCGUGGCAGUGGGUUGGGAUCCAAACUUAAUGAACCUCAACCGGAUCCUUGUGCCAGCAAAACCCCAGAGAACACCUUGGCAUCCAACUACUGUGAUCCUUGCCAACGACUCAAGACAUCCGUAGUUCUUGAAGAGCUCACAAAACCUGCCACCACAAAUCCGGUGUACAACAAAUCCCUGCCUCCGUAUUUUGACGAAGAGAGCGUGAUGGGGAACUCGUUGCCCGUGAAGUUCCGUUUUCGGCGGAAGUUUAACCAUUGUGACCAGGAGAGGGCCGGCAACCUGAUGUGCACCACCACCCCGAGCACCAAUGUGGUUGUGCUGACCAACUGUUGCGAUGUGAUGGUGUGGCCCAGUCAGCGGGUGGCCCAGAUGAACCGAGUGCCGGUGACCAUGCUGACGGGCGAAGCCGAUCUCACGGAGUACAUGCUGGAGGAGGAGACCAUCAUGUGAGAGACUG